ACCUAAACUUGUCUUCAACAUGGCUGUAAUAAGUACUAAAAGGUCGGAAAUGGACAUUAAACAAAAAGGUUUGCUUGUAGGUAAUUUGAGCAAUAUCAUGAUGAGAUUUUUAAAAGUAAUUCUUUUUAUAAUUAACAAUACACCAACGCUGCAUACAGUCAAGUGUUCUAGUAGCGCUCAAAUUUAAUUUCCAAUCAAAAUGGGAAAAUAACAUAAGAUCUCCACAAAAAAAGUGUUUACUACCCUAGUGAAAUAUAGGCGCUACCGUAAAACAUGAACAAAAACACUGAGAGAAUAAAACGUCCUUUAUGCACAUCACCACAGUAAAGUGACUUAAUAUGUUUAAAAGAUGUUUUGUCCGUGUAACCAAACACUUUUAAAGUGAAAGCACUGGUGCUAAACGCAGUCCUUAAACUGCCCGAACAGGGUGUUGUUCCAAGAAACCUAACAAUUGGAGAUAAUAAAGAGCAUCAACAUCAGAUAUUUGUCACACUUGAGGGACCGUGGCUUUGUCGAGUACUGGGUCAGUUUCAGUCAGACUGUGGGAUAGCCCCUACCAUUUGUUGUUCAAAAGGGCCACAAAAGCAAUGGACGUGGAUAUGGUUUCAUUAUAAAAGGAUUAUGGGAAGUACCAAGAUCAGCAGUUGGAGGUAUUUCAAGGCUUCGGAUGUGAAGAAUUAUCACUGGUAAGUCGUAAAUAUAUAUAUUUUCUUACAUAAAAUGCAUUUUUUAUAGAUUUGUGAAUUUGUCUUUGAAAAUGACGUAAGAAAGAUACACGCAAUGCGUAUUAUGUGGCAAAUUGUCAUGAAAAAAAUGCCAUGUACAGUAAUUCAGAUGUUUUCUCUUCUCUCUUGAAUGCCGUCUGAUAUCAGGUUGCUAUUAUACAGAGCUGUCAGAGCCAUCAAACAUUAAGACUCACACUUUCAUUAUGAUCACUGAAAGACUGCCUCUCAUUUUCACUUAUAAUGACGCAUUUCAGUGUUAUGCUUUUGUGCUCAGCGUUCAAAUAAUCUCGGCUGCAGGCACCUGAAGAAUGGCCCGGUUAUUACAGGAAAUGUUGUUCCUUGUCCUGGCUGUCACCAUCAAAGACACGUUCUCACAAAGGAUCAUCGGAGGUCAAGAGGUCGUACCUUACUCCAUCAAGUACCAGGCAUCUCUUCAGUUUGACCGAAAACAUUACUGUGGCGCUACUCUCAUUCAGCCACAAUGGGUGAUAUCUGCUGCACACUGCUGGCGACCAGCCAGUGUGAUUCAGGUCGUGUUGAGCGAGCACAGUCUUGCUAUGGAAGAGGGAUUUGAGCAAGUAUUAAACGUGUCCAGAAUCUACAGUCAUUUUGCCUACAACCCAAGAACCUUUGCUAAUGAUAUAUUGCUCAUUAAGCUCAGUGUUCCAGCACAGAUUAACGCUAACGUUCAGCCCGUUCCACUACCAACAGUAGACACACCUGAGCUGACCGGAGGAACCAGCUGUACUGUGAGCGGAUGGGGAGUGACACGAAUCUAUAGCUUCUAUCUGUCGCCUGUCCUGCGGGCUGUGGACGUGGAGAUCAUCCCCAACUGCCAGUACUACUAUUAUUAUAGAGUCAAUGAUAACAUGAUCUGCGCUGGCUCUCGCUUCGGCGGAAAAGACUCCUGUCAGGGCGAUUCAGGUGGCCCACUCAUUUGUGAUGGAAAUUUAGAAGGCAUUGUGUCUUGGGGAAUUAGCUGUGCCCAUCCGUUCUACCCCGGUGUCUAUACGAAAGUGAGAAACUACAACCGCUGGAUCGACUGGAUCAUCAGCGCUGACAACUAAAAUACACAUUCGCCAGAAUGUAAAAAAUGUUGCCAUUAAAUCUGAAUGAAGGUUGUCUGUCAAAAUGUCUGAUCUUGUCUGAAAUAUUAUCUCUCUAAUUGAUAAGCAUAUAAGUAAAUUAGCAUUCGUGAAAGAGUAAAUAAACUUGUUUUUUUUACUUGUUUGGCCCCAAUUUUAUGAAAUCCCUGCUACCUACUCUCUCCUCUUGACUUAAAGCGCCAAUAAAAUAUACCUUUACAUUAAAGUUUUCAAGGGCAAAAAAAUAUACUUGAGCAAAACUAUAAAAAGCCACACUGGGUUCUAACAUAAAUGCCUAAAUUAAGAUAGAAAUUAUAGAAAAUAAAUAUUUUCUUUAUUAUAUGUUCGUUUAUCGUAGGAAAUGCUGUUUCAUCAUAACAGAAAAUUAAGACA